UAAAAGGCGAAAGAAAACACGUAUUCGGCUCUCUUUUUCUCUCUCCUUCUUUUGCUUUUAUUUCUUUCUUCACCUGUAACGUGGAAAAAGAGGGUCGUGCUUCAGAAACCUCAGAUUUUAUCAGAAAUCUCUCUCUCUCUCUCUCUCUAACCCAACGAGCCCCCCACACCGUUUCUUUCUUUCGCUCUGGCACAAGUUCUAUGUUUGAGCCUUCAACCCAAGGAAUCAGCUUUUUCUUUCUUGAAGAUUUGUAUAUAUCAUUCCAGUAUCGUGUUGCGAUAUGAUACUGAUGUAGUAUUCGGAAAAAUUUCUAGCUUGUUUGGAAGCUGUGCUCUCUAAUGGCUGAAUCAGCAAAGGUUCGUUUGGUUCGUUGCCCCAAAUGCGAAAAUCUUCUUCCGGAGGUCGCAGAUUACUCUGUUUACCAGUGUGGUGGUUGUGAUGCUGUUCUUCAAGCUGGAAAUAUGAAUUUUGAGGCAGAUAGUUCAUCGCAGAAAUCUGAUGAAGAACGGGUUCAAGGGGUUUCUGAAAAAUUUGCAGAGAAAUCAGAAAAUUUCAACUUCCCGGAGAAAGGGUUGAACUUGAGUGAUGGGUCUGAGAAUGAUGUUAAAUCCAACAGCAGCUCUUCCAGACGAACUGGUAAGAUUGAGGUUUUGAAAAAUUUGGGUAACAGCCAAAGGAAUGCUUCAUCAUCCAUCCAAGAUGAUAAGUGGGUUGUUGAUAGUGAUCUUCAAAUGAAUGAGAGUUUAUACGAAUCCGGCCGAGCAGAGAUGGGAGAGCAAUUUGAGGAGUUGAAACCCCCAAAUGGGUCUGGAAGAGCAAAUCGGGUUGCCGAUUGGAGAGGGGGUGGGGAGAGAGUAGAGCUUGAGAGGUUUUGGAGGAACCCUAGAAGGAAUGUUCAAGAUGUGAGAUAUUCAACUUCGAGAUAUUCAGAAGAGGGUCCUUCAAAUUAUCAUUUGAGGCCCCCCAGUUAUGGUUAUGAGGAACCAUUAAAGAAUCAGAACUUGCCUGAUGAGUCUAAUAAGGUUGAGUACUUUGAACAAGAUCGGGCUGAGCUUUUGAGGAAGUUGGAUGAGCUGAAAGAUCAACUUAGCAGAUCUUGCGAUGUUAAUGACAAUCCUAAAGAGAAGUUUCCCCCUGAUCGGAGGGUGGCUCACCAGGAAGAGGCUUAUGGUGGUCACGAGUCUUGGUUUCCUGAUGGCUCGUGGGGAUCAAAUAGGCCUCCUCCUAGUCAAUAUCCCAUGCCCGAUGCAUUUGUUGGAAGACAUCCUUAUGUAAACCGUUAUCCUGAGCCGCCUUAUAUGAACAGGCAUGAGAUGGAUAUGUAUGGUUUUUAUCCUCCCAUGCACGCUCCAAAUGAUAUUCAAAGAUUUGGGGAUCCUUUAAGGUCUCAAAUGCUUAAAAGAGCUCCAUACCAAGCACCCGCCCCCCUACAACAGCAGCCGUCUCAUCCUUAUUAUUCUGGACAGUAUAUAGAUGGUAAUAUAGAUCCAUUUGAACUGUACCCACCAAAUAUGAACCUUCACCAUACUUCUUGCUCCUGUUUUCAUUGCUACAACAAGCAUCCGCAAGUUCCAGCUCCAGUCCCACCUGCUGCUAGCCACAGUAAAAUGUUUCCUGGUGUCCCAAACGAUCUGAUGCUGUACCGUCAUGAGAUCCCGGGCCCAUUUGGCACACGAGAUUAUCCUCACAAGAUUUCUAAUCCUCCUCCAUUGAACUCCCACAACCCACAAUCUCACACAGGAUGGCCUAGUGACCUUAACUCUGAAGUUGGUGGUGGUUUUGUCCGCCACCGUCCUCCAAGGGUGAUACUAGCCGCAGGGGGACGGCAUUGCCGCCCCAUAGCUGGUGCUUCCCCAUUCGUUACCUGCUACAAUUGUUUUGAAUUGCUGCAACUGCCUAAGAAAAUUAUGCUUUUGGACAAAAACCAAAAGAAAGUGCAAUGUGGAGCAUGCUCUACAGUCAUCCCUUUUGCAGUUGUCAACAAGAAGCUUGUUGUUUCUCUUCAUACAGAGACAACGAACCCUCCUAAGAUGGUUGAUGAUAGGCUUAAUGUGGGAGGGAGAGAUGGUGCUUCGCAUUCCCGUAUGCAUGCAAAUCAGGCUAGCAUGAAUUUUUCCUCUGAUGAUUAUGAUAAUUCAGGUUAUGAUUUUCAGUCUAUGGACAGAGAAGCAAUUUCUUCGUCAACAGGUCCGGGAUUCUAUUCAGGCAAGUCUGCAGAGAUGAGAAGUCUUCACUCGACAUCUCCCUAUUCUUCUGAGGAUGAGGAUAACCUUGACAGUUUGAAUGCCCAUAGAGGAGAAUCCAACUCUGCCGAGCUGGCAGAGAAAGCCAAUCUAUCUCCACCUCCUGCUGGUUCACCUCUUCAAGAUCACUUUGAUUAUUCUAGUAAGUGUAAUAAUCGAGUGGAUCGAUUUGGUAAGGGGAGCCAAAGUGGACGUUCAGAGCGGGACAAGGGGGAGCUGAAGAGGGCUACCUCACGGCAAAAUUCUAUGAAAGAUGCAUCGUUGGCAACUGAGAUGGAGGUGUCAUUUAAUGAGUUUUCCAAUACUGGGACAUCCCAAGAAUCAGGGGAUGCAAGCAGAGAAGAACUUCAACCAAGAGUCAACAAAGGGGGCCAAUCUUUCUUUGCUGGCAUUAUCAAGAAGAGCUUCAGGGACUUUUCUAGGUCUAAUCAGGCUUUUGAUCCAAGCUCUGCUCAUGUCACAAUCAAUGGUCAUCCCAUACCAGAUCGUUUUCUAAAGAAGGCUGAAAAGCUAUCUGGACCAAUCCAACCAGGAAACUUCUGGUAUGACUUCCGAGCUGGUUUCUGGGGUGUGAUGGGUGGGCAUUGUCUCGGCAUAGUUCCUCCAUUUAUUGAAGAAUUCAAUUACCCCAUGCCGGAGAAUUGUGCUGGUGGAAAUACUGGUAUCUUUGUGAAUGGAAGAGAGCUUCACCAAAAAGAUCUAAACCUGCUUAGCAGUAGAGGGCUCCCUACUAUCAGGGGUAGAUCAUACAUAAUUGAGAUUUCUGGGAGAGUCCUAGAUGAGGACACAGGUGAAGAGCUAGAUGGCCUUGGCAAACUUGCACCAACGGUUCAAAAGGUAAAACGUGGAUUUGGCAUGAAAGUUCCAAGAGCAGCUGCCCAAGCAGAAUAGGGGCUACAACCGCUGCAGCUAAUCCACAAACGAUCUUGAAGCUAAUGCUAUAUUAGAGUUGAAUUAUACUCUUUUUUGAUGAAAUUUUUGGAAGGAACCGAUUGAUUAUUUCGGUGCAUUGUUGAGAAUGAACGAGAAGAAAUUAGGUUGUUGAUAUGUUAGUAAUGUCUCAGAACCUUCUCUGUAUGAUGGAAGGAAUUUUAUGUUUUGAUUGAUUGGCUUGAUUUGUUAAAAUGCAAUGUUAACAAGUUGUUUGUGGGUAUUCUUCUGCACUUGUAUAUGUGAAACAUGUAAUUUUUA